AUGCAGAGUGCUUCUGGUAAGACUGUCUAUACGAACAAUGAGACUACCCAUUCACCCUCAUCAAUAACUAUACUGCCCAGCCCACCCGCAAGUGCAAAUGAAAGUGUACCAUUAUCAAGUAUACCGGCGGGUGCACUACAGCAACCAACCAUCCACUACCAGCAGUACCAUCUCCCUUACUCCACUCAUGCCACGGCCCAUUCUGCGGCUGCUAAUACCACUCCUUUACAACAUAGGCAAUCAUCAGAUCUCGCUUUCCACCACAUCUCUGGGCCACUUUCUGUUCCUUCUUCUGGCUACAUGCCUCCGACAAAUUCAACAUUUCUGAUCAAGCGAUCCGUGGUUGGUCUGAAAAAAGGUCUUAUCAGCUCGGACAAAUACAUGGUAUUGUGCGCUCCCAUCUCUAUACAAGACAUUCAGUCAGUUUAUGAGCUGCUAUUUGUGUCUGAUCCUGCCAAACCUGUCGAUGCUCGCUCUAUUCCUUGGCUAGGCAAUGUGGCAUUUGCUGCCGUCAAAGCAACCCCGCUUCUAGUCAUUCUUCCAUCCGAGUCCAGAGCAGAUUCGCCAGUAUUUAUUCAUUUCGAUGAAGUUCGUGCCAUCUCUGACGAAGUUGCUCUCAAUUCUGCAUGCACAUUUGUCCUGCAUCUGGCUAGAGCUGAUCUUCGCUUUGUUUGCAAAACUUCUACUGACUAUGUUGAUUGGAUACGAUGCCUUACCAUGACAUUUGAAAUUUCUGCUGCAUCGUUUCAAUCCAAUGCUGAUGACUUUAACCGUAGAGCACAAAUCCUGUCCAUGGUCCAGCAACAACAGUACAGUACACCCAACCAGCAGCAGCAUGCACCAGUUAAUCAGCAUUUUGGGAAUGGAUCGGGAGUUGCUAGACAGGAUUCAUAUGGGCAGUUGUACACCGCUAAUCCCAACAGUAAUAUAAUUUCUUCCUCCCAACAACAGUAUGGGUUGCAGGUGUCGAGUAGUGGUGGCAAUACACCUUCGAACACGGGUUGGAGUCGUCAGUGA